AUGGUUACAAACGGCAAAAAAAAGGAUGGGAAGGAAAAAAACACACAUCCUGACGUCGAUCUGGAUUCUGACCCAGCCAAAGGGGUUGAGGAUGACGUGCAGACCUUCGAGGCGCUGGGUGUGGUCAAGCCUCUCUGUGAGGCCUGCGCAGCGAUCGGAUGGACGAAACCCACGGGAAUCCAGCAACAAGCUAUCCCAGCGGCUCUACAGGGCCGUGAUGUGAUCGGGCUGGCUGAGACAGGUUCAGGCAAGACUGGUGCGUUUGCUUUGCCGGUGCUGCAAGCCUUGUUGGCAAAGCCUCAACGCCUUUUUGCGGUUGUGCUCGCCCCGACACGUGAGCUGGCGUUCCAGAUACACGAAGUCUUCGAGGCCUUGGGUGCAAGCAUUGGCCUCAAAUCCUGCUGUGUGGUAGGAGGUGUGGACAUGAUGACGCAGGCGAUCGCAUUGGCACGCAAACCGCACGUGGUGGUGGCCACCCCGGGGCGUCUGGUCGACCAUUUGGAGAACACAAAGGGUUUCCACAUCCGCGAGGCCCGCUUCCUGGUACUGGACGAGGCCGAUCGCAUGCUCUCCAUGGAUUUCGAGGAGGAGAUCAACAAGAUUUUGGCCAUCAUGCCCACGGGGAAGCACCGCCGGACCCUCCUUUUCAGCGCGACCAUGACCUCGAAAGUAGCCAAGCUCCAGCGUGCCUCCCUCACCGACCCGGUCAAGGUGGAGGCAUCCGACAAGUUCACGACGCCCCGUACCCUCGUGCAGCAGUAUCUCUUCAUCCCCGCCAAGUACAAGGACUGCUACCUGGCCUACGCGCUCAACGAGGCCGCCGGCCAGACCAUCCUCGUCUUCGUCGCCACAUGCAACAACGCUCAGCGCCUCGCCCUCCUGCUCCGCAACCUGGGCUUCGGUGCCAUUUGUCUCCACGGGCAGAUGACCCAACCCAAGCGCCUGGGGGCCCUCCACAAAUUCAAGUCGGGCCAGCGCUCCAUCCUCAUCGCCACGGACGUAGCCUCCCGGGGCCUAGACAUCCCCGCGGUGGACUUGGUCAUCAAUUUCGACAUCCCCUCCCACGGGAAGGACUACAUCCACCGGGUGGGCCGCACUGCGCGCGCAGGCCGGGCGGGAAGAUCCAUCGCCAUGGUCACGCAGUAUGACGUGGAGGUGUAUCAGCGGCUCGAAGCCUUGCUGGGAACCAAGCUCCCUGAGUACAAAACCGACGAGGAGACGGUCUUGAUCCUGCUGGAGAGG